AUGUCAGUUGCCACUGAACCUGGUGCCUACUUCAUUCCUCAUCACCCUGUUUUCAAGCUCAACUGUCCAUCGAGCAAAAUCCGAGUGGUAUUCGAUGGAUCGGCUAAGGCUGCCUCUCUGUUGUCAUUAAAUCAAUGUCUAUACGCCGGCCCGAAGUUACAGCUGGAUAUCGUGGACAUUCUAUUUCGAUUCCGACUUCACCAGUUCGUCUUUACUGCAGAUGUCUACAAGAUGUACAGACAAAUUCUCGUUCCUCCAGACUACCGUCGCUUUCAGCACAUUCUAUGGAGGCCAUCUCCACUAGACGAGUUGAAAGAGUAUCAGCUCAAUACCGUGACAUACGGCAUCAAUAGUGCCCCCUUUUUGGCAUUGAGAGUCUUAAAGGAUAUCGCUGACAAUGAUUGUACAGGAUUUCCUGAAGUACAAUUGGGGCUCAGGGAACAAACCUAUGUAGAUGACAUUUGUCUUGGUGCCGACACCGAGGAUGAAUUGUUGAGUUUACAGUCAAAUCUUUGUUCCGUCCUGAAACGUGCUGGUCUUGAGUUAAAGAAGUGGUCGAGUAACACCGUGUCUGUGUUAGAAGCUGUAUCGCCAGAGGAUCGUGUCAUGGAAAGUCUAAGCUUCGAUGAAGACGUUUGUGAAACCACCAAGAUCCUGGGGCUGCAGUGGGAUCCAGCCAAAGAAAUUUUUAAAUUCAACGGCCAUUCAACCUACGCCGUCGUCACAAAGCGGGCAAUUCUAUCGACUAUCGCGCGCAUUUUUGACCCUAUUGGGUUUUUAGCACCGGUGACCUUCUAUGCUAAACAUAUCCUACAUGAAAUUUGGGAAGAGGAAUUGGCAUGGGACGACCCUUUACCUCUGAGAUUAUGUCAGAAUUGGAAAACAUUUACGGAUGAGCUACCGGUUCUAUCUGCGAUCAAGAUUCCACGUUAUGUCGCUACUCAACGUCAAUCAUACGUCGAAUUGUGUGGAUUCUGUGACGCCUCCGAACGCGGAUUCGUUGCAGUGGUAUACCUUCGGGUAAUAGUUUCAGACGACGACGUGUCUGUGUUCCUGCUUGGAUCCAAAACAAAGAUGGCACCGAUGAAAACCGUAUCCAUCCCGAGACUUGAAUUAUGUGCUUCAGUUUUGCUCGCUCGAUGGAUGGCACGCAUAUUAAAAAUGUUCGAUGGAAACUCACGAUUAACGGGCUUUACGCCUGGUCCGAUUCCCAAGUCGCUUUGGCCUGGUUAA